CCGGUUUCGAGGCGGGUGAAAGGGACGUUGCUUAGUUGCAAAGGAGUCCUCAGACAUUUUCAUGAUUUCCUCAUGCAGCUAACGUUACUGUAACGGUCAUUCGAUACUGCUUGUCAGCUGUGGUUUUAAUUCGCCUGCUUUCGUUAUCCACGUAGUCGUAUUUAUAUUGCAUUGAAUAUCCUCUUCGUUUAUUUCCAGGUGAUACAUGGUCGAAUGUUUUAGCGUCUUCGUUUUGGACGGAUACGUUUAGAAGUCACUACCAAAAACAAUCUGUAACCACGGGUGUAAUCAUUAGUCCAAACAGUUGCAAAACGGACUGAAACGAGAGUUUCUAGUUGACAAAUUCAGGUUGGUCCCUCCCCGCUUCGUUCAGUUUGCUUCCCGUUAAGAAACGUUUUGCAACAUAAUAGGCGUAAUGAAUAUACACCUAUAACGAUACUCUGUCUGUCACAAUGCCUCUCGAGUAGCAGCAAUCAGCCACCUACAUUUUAUCCAGUUGAUAACCUUCUGAAGUUCUGCUUUCAUCGCUCCUGAGGUUAUUUUAUAACCAAGAACACGGCGCUGUCACAAAACGCCAGCUCUGUGCCAGGCAAGAUGACCACAGCCAGGUAUCGGCCCACCUGGGACCUGGCACUGGACCCGCUGGUCUCCUGCAAAUUGUGCCUUGGAGAGUUUCCCCUGGAGCAGAUGACCACCAUCACUCAGUGUCAAUGUGUCUUCUGUACACUGUGCCUGAAGCAGUAUGUGGAACUCCUUAUCAAAGAGGGGCUCGAAACUGCUAUUAGCUGUCCAGACUCUGCCUGUCCAGAAAGAGGACACUUACUGGAAAAUGAGAUCGAGUGCAUGGUGGCUUCAGAGGUUAUGCAGAGACACAAGAAGCUACAGUUUGAAAGGGAGGUGCUUCUGGACCCGUGUCUGAUGUGGUGCCCGUCGUCGUCGUGCCAGGCAGUGUGCCAGCUGAAGGAGACUGAGGUGGCGCUGCCCCAGCUGGUGCAGUGUGCCGUGUGCACCCUGGAGUUCUGCUCUGCCUGCAAGCUUAACUGGCACCCCGGGCAGGCCUGCCCACCACCGGAGAACAACCUGCCCAUCACCGCCUUCCUACCUGGAGAGACCAGCUCCUUUUACAAGAGUGACGACGAUGACGGUCCCAUCAAGCGCUGUCCCAAGUGUAAGGUGUACAUCGAGAGAGACGAGGGCUGUGCCCAGAUGAUGUGCAAGAACUGCAAACAUGCCUUCUGCUGGUACUGCCUCGAGUCACUGGACGAUGACUUCCUCCUGAUCCACUUUGACAAAGGACCCUGUCGAAACAAACUAGGCCACUCCAGGUCGUCUGUCAUCUGGCACAGAACACAGGUGGUGGGGAUCUUCGCUGGCUUUGGCCUGCUCCUGCUGGUGGCCUCUCCCUUCCUCCUCCUGGCCACACCAUUCAUCCUCUGCUGCAAGUGCAAGUGCAGCAAAGGAGAUGAUGACCCCUUUCCCACCUAAACCUCACCCCACCAACACAGGCGGGUGAAGAGUCCGCCCCCCCCCCUCCCCCGCCAUGGACCAUUUUUUUCCCUUGUUUUCCCCUAUUGUCUCCCUCCAACUUUGGAGUGCUGCUUUAUUUAAUGGGACUUGGGCCUAGCCACUUCCCAAUCCAUCACUCCACAGUGUCAUGGUGGGAGUGGAGAAGAAGGAGUUGACCCCAUGCCCACUGGCCUGGUAGACGAGGUCAAAGGUCACGGGUCAGACUUUGAGGACAAUGAUGCCCCUCUGUGUGGAUUUGGGGGCUUGUGUAACUAUACUGUAGCAGGGCCACUCUGAGGCCUCGGCUGUGCUUCAGGCAGUACAAGACAAGAGGAGGGUGUUUUAUCAAGAUGAAGGAUAAACAUAUUAGGAUGUCUUGGUCAGGGUUGGGCUCAAUUCUAAUUGAAGGCAGUCCAUUUAGGAAUUAAACAAAAAUUAAAUAAUUGAUCAAAUUGCAUUUAUUUUAAAUUACUUCUCAAUAAACUUAACUGUAACCUUUUUAUUUCACAAGUUUUUACAUUUCAGAAUUAACAUUUCAAAUCACUUCCAUGAAUUGACUGCCUUCAAUUUGAGUUGAGCCUCCCUGUUCUAGAACCUCUCCUCGGGACAUGUUCAUGCAGGAACAGCUUGAAUCGGAGGACCUUUCACUUGAACUCACUUUAAUCAAGUUUUGUUCAUUUUUCAAACACAAAGCUCCCUCCCCCCACUCUCUGUGUAGCUGUCAACAUACAGGAAGUAGCACUGGAGUUACGUGAUGACCCACGUUUUGUGUUCACUCUGUUUGCACAUGAGACUCCCGUUUGUCACUUUAAGGACCGGGGCGGGAGUUGGGACGUUUUCUCUCUCACUCCCCUGUACAGCACGUUCUCUUGUUGAUGUCAGUGUUUUUGUAAUCUUUCGCUAUGUUCCAAACUAUCAGCAAGAAAGUAUUAAUUUUACAAACUGGAUUUGAACUCUUAUGUGUCUACAGGUAUUUGUGACGGUGUCCCAAACUCACUCUCACGUCCCAAUAAGAUAAUCAUGGGCCUGUAUUCACACAGUCUCAGAGUAGGACUGCUGAUCUAGGAAAGAUUAAACAAAUCCUAGGUUAGCAUUCUUACUCUGAAACACUUUGUGAAUACAGGCCCUGAACCUUAGUGUCGUCAUCCACACAGACGGAAACAAACCAUUUGGAAUCAACAGAAGCAACUUCUGUUGUCAAAUGGAAUACCUGAAUAUAGAUGUCCUGACGUUUUAAUUCCGAGUUCCUCUGAACCCAGAUAAUCAUAUUGCUUAGCCAAAUAGAACAAAUGGUUUUAAAUCAAUUAGAAAAGUAGCCAAAAAGUCACCUUUAGUUUCCUGAAGAAAAAAAAAACAUGGCUUUUGUCCAGUUCCGUCCUUGUGAAAGCACACUUAAAUAAUGAAUUUGUUUAAUGCAUCACAAUCAGUCAUUAAAACCUGUUUAUUGUCAGGUAGAACAUAAGAGAUGAAUUCAUGUCUCUCUGAUACAAAGAUGUCUCUUCAUAUCCAUAUCACAUUGAUGUUGGUCAUAUAUAUCCAACUACUGUAAUGAACAAUAAUCCUAUACAAGUGUUUUUUGUUGUGUGAACUAGUGGAAAACUUGCAUAUGUUAGUGGUAUGGUUGUCAAUGUUUUCAUUGGGAGAAAGUUGAGAGCUCACUCUCUCUACAUGCAGCUAACCUUUGCAGGGCUAUCAAAAUGUCAAGAACUUCACUAGACUGUUUUGGACACAUCCGAAAGCUGCUCUACACAUCACUGUAUCUAUGCAAGUUCGUGCGUUUCCAAUCUUACUAGGUCUUGCUAAUAGUGUGGUCAUAUCAAGUGGUCCAGUAUGUUAUACCAGAUUCCCUGUGCCAUCUCUUCAUACGGUAGUGUUUUACAACCGGGGGGUUGACUUGCAUCAGAUGUAACAUGGGUUUGAUUUGACCUAUCUGGGAAGCCAUACAUUAGUUAAUCACCGUCAUUUGUCCUCAUGUUGUUCCAUUAGACUGUGUGGUGAGGAUGCAUGUAGCUACACCGUUUCUCACUCUGAAACACAUCUAAAAGGGCAAUCUGCUGCAUCCAUUUUUUGACUUUUUAAAGUCAUAAUAUAUAGCCAUUGAUUCAUGAAGAAUAUAACGGUCUCGUGAGCUUAGUUCAACUGUAUAAACCCAUUAGAACCCAAACUAUAAGCUUGUUUUACUCAUUUGUGUAAACUAAUAAUUCUAUAGCCUCAAAAUGGUUAACUAUAGUUUUGAUAUUUAAUGGAUGGUCAGUCCUUGCAUCCAUAGCUGUUUUAUGAAUUUCUACAUCUACUGUUUACCAAAACAGUGGCAGGGUGCCCACUCUUUUUAUUGCUUGAACUGAAGAUUGACCCUAAACUCAAGAGAUGAGUCAUUAUCAUUCCGUCCAUCACUUAGCUACUUUGGAACACAUACAGAAUACUGAGAAACUCUUCAGAGAAGUCCCUGAUUUUUAAUGUUGUUCUCCUCGUAGAAUUCAAAUAGGGGCUAUGGCAGUUAAUGGAACUAUCAUCAGCAAUCACCUUACCUCAUGGUAGCCAUUCCUUUAAAAACAAAGAUAAUGUUAGCCUAAAUGUUUGAAUACCUCGCCUGUAGCCUCAUUUUCUUCUAACCCUUAAUGCAUCAAAGCCUGUAAUUCCCCAAAAAUUCAGUUGAUCUUAUUGACCCUUUUCUGUCAGUAAGGAAUAUAAAGGUUUCAACUGAACAUGUGGAUCACUGAGCUGACCAUGUCUUUGUAUGACAAUCGUGCCAAGAAGGUCUCGUGUGUGUGUGUGUGUGUGGCAAUGGUGAAAUUGAAUGGUGUAGAUUGAAUAGCUUGAAGCGUCUAAGAAUUUUUCAAAUAAAAUCUGCGAUCUUGUUUCCGUAUGGUGUGGAUGUUAAUGUUGGAGGUUGAGCCUUGGAAUACUCUGUGGUAUGACGUGUACUAUUGUUUUGGUUUUCAAGAUGUAGUAUGUUCAUUAAAUACUGUAGUUUUUCUGGAAUUGUUGAGUUUUUUGAAUGGGUUUGGAGAUCAGAAGAAAUGUAGACGCUAUUUCCAGAUUUCCUCAACUCGGAGGAAGGAAGGAUGGCAUUGCAGGACUAUAGGAAAUGUAACACUCAACUUGUUUCCACUUCUCUUAUCAUCCAUUUGGUAUAGUUGGGAUGUUGAGCUGAGAAGAAAUCCUGAAUAUUUGUCCUCUGACUCAACUGGUUUCAUUCAGCAUUAUGCAGCAAAGGGCCAAAAAAUGUACAUUUUAAACGCCGUUCACCUUGAGGUGAUGCCAUGCAUGUUGCACAAUUAUUUUCUAAGAUGUAAUACUUCUAUUGCUUUGUCCACAUUUCUACUGAGAUGUAUGUAGGUUGUCAAAAAUUCCAUUGCUCUUGUUUUUAAAAUGCAUGUUGUACUCUACCAUUACUAUGCGUUUUAAGAACCCAUACUAUGCCUCUUCAUUUUAGGGACUGAAACAAGUCCUUACAUUUCUGUCAUGACAUACUAUCCUGGCUUUUGAAGUUUGCCUUUUACACUUAAGAUACUGUACGUAGGUUGCCUUUGUGUUAUACUUCUGUUGGCUUUGAUGCAGUUGAUCAUACAUUUAAUUACUUUCAACUAUUCAAAAGAUGGAAGCUUUUAAAUUGGCAUGUGUGGUGGAUAUCCUUCGAUAAACCAACAUUGUACUUCUCCCAUGUAUCUACAGUUUCACGAACACUGUGACAUGGAAUAAAUGUGGUUGUUUUUUUGUGA